CGCCAGCGCAGCCAGGCCACUGGGGAGUGACUUCCACUCGGGAUCGCGGAGGGCGCAGGCCGUUGGCGCGUGGCAGUCGGCGUGGGCCUGGCGUCCCCGCGCGUUCGCGGCGCCCCGUGUCUCCGGCUGGGCGCAGGUGGGCCAGGCCGGGCGCCGCAGAUCGGCGCGUUCCCACGAAGGCUAGCCCUCGGAGCGAGGGGGAGGGACCAUCGGAAAGACGUGGAACGAUCCGCGCGGUGUCAUCCGCAGGGCCCAGGCCCCGCGCCACCGCCGUCGUCGCCGCCGCCGUCGCCGCCGCCGCCGGGGCUUUGCUGCGGGGAUCCACGCUGAGUCUCCGCGCAGCCCGGAGAUUAGCAUGACACUGGGUAGCCGUCCCGCUUCCGGCGGUGCCAGAGCGCAGCGCCCUAGUCCCCGAGCCGCGAUGGCCCCGCGCGGGGGCCGAUCGCCGGGCUCCGCAGCCGCCGCGGCCCGUGAGUAGGAGUAUGCCUGCGGCGGGGGACCCACGCGUGUCGCCACGCGCCCCCACCCUCCCGCGCCCCCGCCAGCCUAGGAAGGAGGAAGCCUAACGCCGCGCCGCGGUCGCCAGCACCCAACGGGGCUCUGUUCCUGCGUUGUCGCAGCGGCGGUCCCAGUGCUCCCGCGCGCCCCCCGUUCGAGCCUCUGGAAUGAAGACUGCCUCCCGAGGACUGCGAGAGAGAAGCAGAGGCUGCGGGCGCCGGGGACUGCGGGCCUCGCGGCUGGGAGGUCCGGGGGGACGCGACUCAGACGCUGUCAUCCCCACGCCUCGCGCUGAAGCCUCCUAGUGCGGUUGGGGCUGCCGCCCACCGGUCAAGCUGCCGGGGCGUGCGAUCCCGGGUCGGCCCCCGGAGGCCUCGGCUUCCUCAUUUGUUUGGGUCUUUUGUGCUGUGGCGCACAGUUGGCUAAGCACUCCUGCGCUGAAUCGGGCCAUUGUCUGCUCUCCCAUUGCUUCCACGCUGCAAGUCUCGGCGCCCCCACCCCGGCCGCCCCCUCCCGGCCGCCGAGCCUCCCGACGUGCCUUCCCCCCCAGGAAUCUGGAAGCUGGAAGCCCCGCGGAUUGCAAAUGAAGUGGAAUGCAUUGUGGGACGAGUGUAAAAUCCGAGCCUUCUCCGUGGGGGCGUGGGGGGGCGUGGGGAGGGCCGGACCUGCCGCCGGCGGUGUAGACACCGACGAGAAGAGGGGGCUGGGGAAAAAAAAUGUGCGCAGAGUCCUCCCGGGUCGUGGCCUCGGUAGACGGAUGAAGCAGCGCGCUGCGCCCUGGCGCUGAGGCCCCACUAUCGGGGCACCAGGGUCGCCCUUCCCCACCAUGAAGAAGACCCGGAGCACAACCUUGCGGCGAGCCUGGCCUAGCUCGGAUUUUUCAGACCGGGCCUCGGACCGCAUGAGGUCCCGCAGCGAGAAGGACUACCGUCUGCACAAGCGCUUCCCCGCGGCCUUCGCGCCCCAGGCUUCUAGGGGCUACAUGACAUCAGGUGAUGUGUCACCAAUCAGUAUGUCCCCCAUCAGUCAGUCACAGUUUAUUCCACUCGGGGAGAUCCUUUGCUUGGCCAUCUCGGCAAUGAACUCUGCGAGAAAGCCUGUCACCCAGGAGGCGCUGAUGGAACACCUGACCACGUGUUUCCCAGGUGUUCCAACCCCAAGCCAAGAAAUUCUGCGGCAUACCCUAAACACAUUGGUACGGGAGAGGAAAAUCUAUCCGACUCCGGAUGGCUAUUUCAUUGUGACCCCACAGACUUAUUUCAUUACUCCUUCCCUCAUAAGAACUAACAGUAAGUGGUACCACUUGGACGAGAGGGUACCUGACCGGUCUCAGUGUACCUCUCCACAACCAGGAACCAUAACGCCCUCUGCCUCAGGCUGUGUCAGGGAAAGGACAUUACCCAGAAAGCACUGCGACUCUUGCCACUGCUGCCGAGAAGACGUGCACAGCAUGCAUGCCUCCACUCUGCAGAGGAAGCCCGCCAAGGACUGCAAAGACCCUUACUGCCCUCCUCCGCUAUGCCAGGUGCCACCCACUGAAAAAAGCAAAAGUACUAUAAAUUUCUCCUAUAAGACGGAAACUCUCUCAAAACCUAAAGAUGGUGAAAAGCAGUCCAAAAAAUUCGGACUCAAGUUAUUCCGGCUGAGUUUUAAGAAAGACAAGACCAAACAGCUGGCCAAUUUCUCUGCCCAGUUUCCUCCCGAGGAGUGGCCUCUGCGAGACGAGGACACGCCCACGACUAUCCCCCGGGAAGUGGAGAUGGAGAUUAUCCGGCGUAUCAACCCCGACUUGACGGUGGAAAAUGUCAUGAGGCACACUGCACUGAUGAAGAAACUUGAAGAAGAAAAAGCUCACCGGAGCAAAGCCGGGUCCUCCGCCCACCACAGUGGAAGGAGUAAAAAGAGCCGGACUCACCGAAAGUCCCACGGGAAGUCUCGGUCACACAGCAAGACGCGAGUGUCCAAAGGAGAUCCUUCGGAUGGCUCGCAUCUGGAUAUCCCCUGCGAGAGGGAGUAUGAAUUUUGCGACCCUCUAACCAGGGCCCCCAGAGAGGGCUGCUUCAUCAUUGAACACAAAGGAGACAACUUCAUCAUGCACAGCAACACGAACAUGAUCGAGUCCCAUUUCCCCAUGACGCCAGAAUGGGAUGUGUCUGGCGAACUGGCCAAAAGGAGAACGGAGAUGCCCUUUCCCGAACCUUCCAGGGGAAGCUCCCACUCCAAAGUGCACCGAAGCCACAGCCAUACCCAGGACCGGAGGUCCAGAAAUGAGAGGUCCAACAAGGCCAAGGAGAGAUCCAGGUCAAUGGAUAACUCCAAAGGCCCCCUGGGCGCUUCUUCUCUCGGGACUCCGGAAGAUCUGGCUGAAGGCUGCAGCCAAGAUGACCAGACCCCCAGCCAAUCAUACAUCGACGACAGUACUUUAAGGCCUGCGCAAACGAUUGGUCAUCAAAGGGCUCAUAUUCCUUCUGCCAGCUAUAAAGAGGUGUGCAUUCCAGAAAUAGUUGGUGGCAGCAAGGAACCUUCUAGUGCUUGUAGCCUUUUGGAGCCAGGCAAACCCCCUGAGAGUAUGGUGUCCUACGGGGAUCUCAGCCCUUGCCCGCCAAAAACAGCUGUGGAUGACUAUUUUCAGUGCAACACGUCGAGCGAGACUGUGCUCACAGCACCGUCGCCUUUAGGGAAGAAUAAGGAGGACCAUGACACUUUGACCUUGGUGGAGGGGGUAAAAAAGCUGUCUCCAUCUGAGAGGCAGACCCCCCAUUCUUCCAGGGAACCUGUUGGGCACAAGGAGGAGUCACCGAACGGGCCAGGUGGGGGCCCUGCAGCCUCUGGUGGUGUGGCAGAGGGGUUGGCCAACGGCCGUCUUGUCCAGCAUCAUAGUGCGGACCCCAGCAGCCUGGACAAAAGGAAAGAAAUAUUCAGCAAAGACACACUGUUCAAACCUCUACACAGCACCCUGUCUGUAAACAGCUAUCACAAAUCUAGCUUGUCCCUCCUCAAAUCUCACCCGAAGUCACCUGUUGACACACUGCCAGGCCGAUGUGAGAAACUGGAACCUUCCCUUGGGACAUCCUCGGCCCAAGCCAUGCCUCCGUCCCAGCGUCAACAGGAGUCUGGAGGGAACCAGGAGGCUUCUUUUGACUAUUACAACGUCUCUGACGAUGACGACUCAGAGGAGGGGGCCAACAAAAACACAGAGGAGGAGAAAAACAGAGAUGAUGUGGGCACCAUGCAGUGGCUCCUCGAGAGGGAGAAGGAAAGAGACUUGCAGAGGAAGUUUGAGAAGAACCUCACCCUCCUCACCCCAAAAGAAACUGAUAGCAGCAGUAACCAGAGAGCCACCCACUCAGCCCGGCUGGACAGCAUGGACAGCAGUAGCAUCACCGUGGACAGUGGAUUCAACUCCCCACGGAAUUGAAAAAAAAAUGUUUCUGCAGCUGUAGAGAUCACCAAUCUGGACUGCACUCGGGAGAGCCUGGCUUCCAACACAUCAAGCAUUGUUGAAAGCAACCGCCGUCAGAAUCCUGCUUUGAGUCCAGCCCACGGCGGAGCUGGUCCAACCUUCAACUUCCGCACCAGUACGGAUCCCCCAACCAGCGAAGCUGAGAAAUUACAGAAACCUUCCAACUGCUUGCAAGCUUCUGUUACUAGUGUAUGAUUGUCCUUCUGCCUCAGAUCUUCUGUCUCAUUCGAUACAGCAACGUUUACGACGAUUGGGACUGAUGUUUACAUCUCUGCAAAGACAAACAUCUCAAGCACAGGUUGGGGGUUACUUGAGCUGUGCUGCUAAGUAGGCUAGGGCAAAAAAAAAUCUUCAUUUCGGAGUAUUGCUUUUCACCCGUAUGGCUCUGUAGCAACCGAAUAGCAGUAGGGGAGAUAUGUACACUUCUGCUUCACUAACUGUAUCUGAGCACACAUAGGAAAGUCUAAACACUGUAAGUGGAACAUGCGUUUUUCAAUGUCAUACAGUUGCCAAUUCCAUUCUGAAAUGCCACAGAGAUGUGUUGCUCCUGGCCGGCCUAGGGAGAAUGGGGCCAUGGAACUAAUCCUGGAUUACCCCAACCCCCCUCAAAAAAAAAAGCCGCCACAAAAUGUAAAUGUAGGGGUGUCCAUUGUGAGAAAAAUCAAUGCCAAACUGGGCAGAAGGGACCCCAGCCCUUUGUGUGUGAGUCCUUUAAAGUAUGAGUCAUUUUCACUGUGAGUUUUCAGGACACUCCUGCAGGAGCCCAUGGAAGUGGGUCAGAGGUCCCAAUGGAUGGAAGUCGUUAGGGUGUUUGUUUUCACUGUUUUCUAGCUCACUCAAUGCUUGUCUUGAGUUUUGUUUUUUGUUUUUUGUUUUUUUCCACCUUCCCUAAUCACAAACAGGAAUAUAGGCCUUUGAAGAGGACAAAUGCAGUCUCAUGGGGGCACAGCACUGAGUGCUGGAGAAGGGUGUGUGGAUGACCAGGAGAGAUGAGUCAGAUACUGGAGAAGGAUGCCUUCCUCCCUGGGACACUUAGGAUGAGCAGCAAGCUUACUCUACUAGAUGCAGUGAUUAGUUUGUUGGGAAGCAAAAUGUUCUUUAUGAUACAAAUGAAGAAUGUGGCCCGAGGGUGUUAUUCUUUCUAAUGGAAGGGACAUAAGUCUAUUUUAUGUAGUUUUAAAUAGAAUGCCUAAAUUAGGCUGUGGGGGAUGGUUUUUAGUGGAUGUAGGAAGGAGCAAAUUUAGGGAGAGUUGAACUUCAGGCCUUUUAUUCAUGGGAAGAUAUCUAUAGAGACAACAUUUAAAGUAAUUUUUUGAUUAGAAAUAUACAUGGGCCCAUGUAAUAAAGAGCAAAAUGCCCUCAUUCUGCUGGUGUGGUAUAUUCUUAAUUUGUACUCCCCUAAAAUGUAUCGAAUGACAAUUAUGCAUUCAUGAACUAUGCCAGAGUAAUGUUUACAGAUACUUUGUAAUGAUUUCAGGAGGCUUGUUUUGGGUGGAUUGUAUGGCAGUUCCUUGUCAUCUUUUACAAUGAUUUCUCCACGCUCCACUUUGUUUUCUGACACCCAUACUCAGUAUCAAAAGGCUUUACAGAAGGGGGACGCUAACCAUUACUCUUCGAUCCAAUAGGAAAGACGCUUUUCAAAAGUCCCAAUUUUUUUUUUUUGAGAAGCAUUGCAUACAUCUGUAGGUACUGGAAAUCCAUCUGCACAAGGGUUAAGUCUGAUCCCAGAAAAUGGUCUGGAAUAAAGUUAUAUUCAGUUUAGUGUCAGAUGAGUUUUGGAGCCAUAGAGCCAUAUCCCAUAACAAAUUUAUAAAUAAAUAACGUAAAAUCAAUAGAAAAUAUUUUCCCUCAAGAUUCCGGUAGUGAGCAUAAGUUUGUGAGCUACUUCCUUUUCUGUGUCAGGCUUACGCACUAGCAGUGUGUUUAAGGAAGCACAGUCCCAUGAAGUAGUUGGAAACAUUUGAAAGUUGUGUUGGGUCAAACUGGGCUCCUUAAGUUUGGUAUAAAUUUCUUUCUUUCUUUCUUUCUUUUUUUCUUUUUUUUUUUUUUUGAAGCUUAAGCAUGAUUCUCAAUAUUCUGCUACAUCGUUAAAAUGCUUAAGGCGAUUGGCUUUGAAUCUCAUACCUCCCUUCCUCCUGGGCAUGCCUCGGUUUUUCAGAAACACCUCGUUUAUCUCAUUAUUUAAGUAAUGUCCAGAAAGAGCAGCCUCGCAUCUAUAUACCACAUAGUCUGCUUGCUUAAGGAGCCAUGUACCAUGCAAUUCCUAGAUCUGGUCUAAAUUAAUCCCCCCUUCUACAAAGAAAAAAAAAACAAAACAAAACCCUGCUCUGAAACUUUUGGCAUACUCAGUUCAUAAAUAAUAGGACCAUUAAAACAAUACAUUAGUCUCUAAUUGACCCUCUGAACGUAGCCAUUGAAAGAAUUGAGUGAUAAGUGAGCAGGAGAGGGCACAAUUACAUAUAAUUGAAGCUUUAAAAUAUGAAGUUUUGAGUAGCUCACAAGAAACAGGUUUACAGAAUGCAUGAUUCAAACAAAAUGUGGACACUAUUUGCCUAAUCAUUGUGGAGCACAUGAUUUAAAAAAAAAAUAAACUAAAGAACCUCCCCUUAGGCCAGCAGCCAUUAGCAUAGAAUGAUGGGCUUUAAAGAUGAUAUACCACAUAAACAGACAUUCUGUGGAGAAGCACUCUUGUCUGAAUCUAAUCUGGAUUCUUGAAUAGAGGAAACAUUGGUGGUGGGAAGCACAUGGCCAAUAGGAUACGCACAUGUGUCUAAGAUGGUCUAGUCGAAAUGGCGAGACUCUUGACUCUCACAGCCUUGAGUUGAGGCCCCCUCCAGGCUUUGCCAAUAGUAUUCUCCACUGGAACCAGAGCUUUGUGUUCCAUGAUGGCGUGUCUAGUUUUAGAGUUUAUCAAUGGAAAGGUUUACAAAACUGAAUCUGGUUGAAUCUCUGUGAGGCAUUCAACUUUAAAGGGUCAACACAUCUGUCGGCAUUUUGCACACUUAUGUAUUAUUAUGAUACAGCAUAUUACUUUAUGGUGAUUUUUAUUUUUACAUAUAACUACCUCCAUGAAUUUGAUGAAAUGGCAGCAGCGUGUUAAAGUGUGUUUUUCAGAAAAAAGAAGCAAUGUUUCAAACAUGUUUCAACAGUAGGCCAUGGCGUUGCGUGUGUGUUGGUGACGUAUCCAUUGGACUCAUGACUUUUUCAUUGCCGUGGUUUUCAUUCACAACAUUCUUUGGCUCCCAACUGUAAACCUGUUGUCCUCUUUCUCUCUCCCUUCUCCCCCACAAAAGCACAUUUGAUUUGUUACAAAUCAAUGAACCUUUUAAAAUUACUGUCUUCUCCGCUUCUCACUCCUACUAUGAGAGAGAGAAAGAGAGAGAGAGAGAGAGAGAGAGAGAGAGAGAGAGAGAGAGAGAGAGAGAAAUUCUCUUUGACAAACAGCCAUUUGGGAAACAUUUGGGAAGUUAUUAAUUCCUAUAGAAAUUGAAUUGGAUUGCCAGGUUUUUUCCCCCCCAGUAACAAAAGACAUGAAAGAAAUUUGGACUGCCAACUUGAAGCACUUUGGGCCUCUCUGCUUUGAUCAUAUGCUACCCUAUGGAGCCCAAACUUCCUUUUUAUUAAAAGAACUGUGCCAUGCAUUCUGAGAUGUCUGCUAAGUAAUUUCUGUACCAUUUGAUAUGUUUUGCACAUCUCAGGAGACCUUGAGUGCAAGGAUGGGAUGUGUGUACACCCAAUAGAGAAAACCAAUAGGAAAGCUGAACGAGAGUAUCCGGGUAGAAAUAAGAAAUGCCCGUGUCUUUGAUGUCGGAGAAUUCGUGUUCAGGAAACACAAAGGGAAAGGGAAUGUGAAGGAGUAGUGAUUUGAACACCAGCUGUUCCUAAAUGUCUCUCUUUGAAAAGUCAGCCAAUACUGUUACAGUGUACAUUGAGAUUCUAUUGUGGCCACCGCCAAGAGAAGAAAUGCGGUCCAUAGAAGAGCAUCCUUUCUCUUUUAGGUUAGCAUAGAAGAGCAUCCUUCCUCUUUUAGGUUAGCAUAGCUUUGUAAAGUUCUAGGAUUAACCACUUGUCACCACAAAGUGUACUUGAAGAUAAAGUUUGCAACUUCGGAGAUAGGCACAGUUCUCACAAAACCUCACAAAAAAUUUGGGAAGGGUAGCGUUCUGAGCUUGCACUAACAACCGAUGACUGGGAACGUGCUGCAGCUCAUCUUGGGAUCUCCUAGUGCUCCGGAAGCAUUAGUUGUACCAUUGCAGAGCAGGUCCUGUUUGUCACACCCAUGCUUGACAGGAGCAAACAAAUGGAGUGACUCAAGAUCACUCAGAAACACAGUGGCAGCUCUCAGUGACCUAUUUUCUAUUUGUUUGAUAGGCCAUGGUGAGAAAUCGCUAAAAUGCAUAAAAUUUUUUAUGAUGUGUGCUAAUAAAGAAAACAAAUACAGUUUGAUACCUUGUCCAUUUCAUUCAAAGAGGUAUGGGUGUUUGGAAUCUCAACACCCCAGCACCCCUUAACUGGUAUUGAGUUAUAAAGUGGGAGAUGAGCAGAUCCACACCAAUGCCACUGUCAUCGAAGGCCAGUCCAGACAUCCACCUUUGUUUACAGUUUCUCAUUGGGUUCCUGUCAUUUCUGUGCUAAAACCCCAUCUUCAGGAACAUUGGCUGCUCCAGGCAGUGGAAGGUGCUGAAACAGUUGUUUUGUUUUGUUUUUUUAAAUUUUUCCUUUAAAGUAUUUAUCACGCACUCUUCACAGUGCUCAGCUACGUAUUAUUCACUACACUAUAUCAAGCCCUGCUUCGUGGGAUCUGGGAAGCUGCUCCAGUUCCAAGAGUUUUGUUAAAUUAUGAGAUAGAAGGUCUUUGACAUCUGCUUUCUCCUUUCCCACAGACUAGUCCCACACCCAGCUAGCAGUGUAGUGCAGACCACAGUAGACACAAGAAGUGGUGCUUUCUUACCCCUCCCCCCACCCAUUGUCAAAGCCAUCCAAUAACGUCCUGUGAGCGAGGGACUCCUUGGCCAGUGUUUAAGGCUUGAGGAAAUUAGAAACAAGAAAAAUGAAUGCAAAAGCCAUGGGAGGCAUUGUUUUUCUUUGGGCUAGUUAAACAUGGCGGAAAGGGAUUGCUAUCGUCUAAGCUUUGCCAAGAAACACAAAAGAAUCAGCUGUCACCCCAUCCUUCUUGAAGAAGGUUUUGUAGUAUUAAAUGAUACAAGUGAUAUUUUCCCAUGGAGUUUUCCUUAGGAUACGUUUCAUGAAUUAUACACAUGAGACAUUGUAUUAGUAGCUCUCAUGUGUUUGCAAAAAGGUACUGGCUUCUCCCUGAUUGGUGUCUGCCCCCUUGGCUUGCAUCAGCAAUGCAGAGGAGCACCGCGGUGACAGCUUCUAUAAUACAUAUGCCUGUGCCUUUAUUAUUGUUCACAGGCUUAACAGUUGCAAAAUUUAGAAUUCGGCAAAGCUCCAGGGGAACUAAGUGGUCUUGUGAUUGUAUGCAGGCAGUCAGAGGCCUUUAACGGCUCAUUGUUGGCUUCACUUGUGAACACAUGCACCCUUCUGACUAGGAAAAGGGUGUUUCCGAGUGAGGUAUCAAUGGCUCUGGAAAGGCAGAAAUGGAAGGUUUGAGCUUGGCUGGGUCCUUGUGCACCUGCCUACCUCCCUAUCCAAAGGCUGACCUUGGUACCUACCCCCCUCCCCAUUCCCCUACUCUUACCCCACAAGAGGUACCAAAUCUGAGACCUGAGCUCUCCUCCAAUCCCAGUCCUCUCCAGCUCCAGGACCUUCAUCCUAUAGAACAUUUUUGGCAGCCCUGACUUUCUUUCCUCCGAGGCUUACCCUCGGCCUCCUUGCCCUCACAUUUCCCCCACCCAGAUACCUACUCCAUCACCACUCUUUCCACAUUGGAAGAACAGACUACUGUGUAGUAUUGUGCACGCAUGCCAGUUAGGAGUAGAACUGUCCUAGGUUCACCUUCAUGUAAAUGUCAACAGCUACAAACGUCAAGUCCUUAGAGCAGCGACAUGAUACUCUCUGGAAGACAAUUCAGUUUGACCCUCCAGGUUCCAAGGGAUCAUGGCUCUGCAGGUUUCUUCUCUGAGUGGCUGACGAUGACGAUUACAUUAGGGUCGAUGAGCUAAGUACACGUGGGACUCACUACGUUAGGAAGGAGUUUUGCAGCCAAGACUGCCUUGAAUAAAAUGUUUUUGCACUGAAAAAAAAAAAAAAACUUUAAAUGACUUGGUCUCUGGUUGCUGUAAAGGUCAUCCAAGAUGGAUGUUCUGUUUAUAUUGUAUAGUAUUUCAUAAGAAAUAACUGCAGUUCAUGAAACGUCUUCCCUGAAGUUACUGAUUUCUAACAGCACAUUUGUAACAUGGUUUUUAUCGUGUCCGUGUACCAUAUUGUAAAUGAUGAUUGUCAUCCUUAGUAUAAUAAGUUAAAAGGAAAAAAAAAAAAAAGGACAGGGAUUUUUGUAAGUCUAUAUUUGAAAGUCCCUCCAUAUGGUAAUAUCGUGUUCAUGUUGUUUAUGUAGUGUUGUGUGAAAUAUCCAUUUUGGAUUGUGUUACUUUUUAAGAUAUUAAAUAACAUUUGGUUAUAUGUGUAA